UUGAGUUGACAGAUCCAGAUGUUCAGUGACCAUUAUUCAUUCGUUCAUUUUUCAAAAUAAAUAAUGCGACAUUUUGGAUCACUAAUUUAUUGCUAACAGUGAUACAUUCAUUAAUAUUUAACCGCAAGUGUCAAUAGUAAUAUUGCAUUUUUAAUAAGAUUAAUUCUUUCGAAUGAAGUCAGCUGACGAAUAUAAACAAAGGGAAUGUCAAUAGUUAAGUGUUAAAAACUGCAAAAGUGCCUGUGAUUUAGUUUUAAGCAUAAUGGAUGUUGACGGUACAGCUGGUGAGAUUAGUCAGAAUCAUGGAGAGAUAGAUCAAAAUCUUCUAUUGCAGUUCAGUUGUAUGAAUACUACUGAUAGGGAAGAGCUCAUAGGUCAAAUGCAAAGACUAUUAGGUCCCACUUUGAAUUAUAAUACAGCUAGUUUUUUCUUGGAUAUGAGCAAUUGGAAUUUGCAAGCAGCAAUAUGUUGUUAUUUAGAUUAUAGUUUACCUGCAAAGCUUCCAUCCAUGUCUUUGAAGGCAGCUCAAAGUCAAGAAUCAGCCGUAGGACCAGCAACUUAUUUUGAACAAAAUUGGAGUAUUGCCAACACAGGAACUGAAGCAUGGCCGGGUAGCUGCAGGUUAAUACAAGCUGGUGGUGAACCCUUGGAGGCAGUACCAGUUUAUGUACCACCUUUGCCCCCUGGACAUACCACAAAUGUUAGCAUGAAACUUUUAGCUCCAAGUGUUGCGGGGGUACACAGAGGCUAUUUCCAUUUGGUUACAGAUAAAGGCGAACAAAUUGGAGACACUUUAUGGGUAGAAAUUACAGUUGAAUCAGAAGUGACAAUGGCACUGGCAGAACAACUAGCUGCCUUACCGGUACCAAGUAGUCGAUUGGAUGAUUCAGUAUCUCAGGUACCACCACAUGAUGACCAAAUGUGUUGAUAGUAGUCAUAAUCACUUCUCUAUUAUUGACCAAUCAGUUGUCAACUUACUUCCUCCAUAAAAAAGUUUGUCUUCAGCAUUAUUUACAAACUAUAUUGAACAUCUCACAAAGUUGUACAGAUAUGCAAAAAUAUAGUCAUCUCACAAUUUAAUAAGACUUAAGAACAAUGAAAUAAUGUACAAAUGCUAUAAUACUUAUAGAAUAACUAUAAGAUGAGAAAUAUGAAUUUGUUAUUGUUGAGAAGUUUACAAAUUGUAUAAGGAAAACAAGUUUAUUAGCAUCACUUAGUUUUAGGUAUGAAUUGCCAUUAUUUAAUAAUAAUUAUGGGGGUUUUAUUUUGUAGUACGAUUUUCCUUUAAUUUUAAAUAAAAUUAAUAUUUGA